AUGCUAGAGUCAUUUAAAAAGACGUUUGUAAGGGGUCGGGAAAAGCAGGGUAAGACAGACGCAGCGUCGCACAAUGCAGGCAAUGCAGCAGCAGCUGCGGCAAGUGCCGCUUCGGGGGGAGCGGACGCCGGAAAGGCGGAAUGCUCGCAUCCGUCUCCAGGCGGCACGAAUCCAACGGCUCCCGUUCGUCGCGGCCCGAAUGAAGAGAUUGCGCAGGCGAGCUUGCCGCCUUUCGCGGAGCCGCUGCCGUUGUUAAAAGACGUGGGUGCGCAGGAGCAGCAGGCUCUAUUUAUCCGGAAGCUUCGCCUCUGCAGUUACCUCUUCGAUUUCAACGACCCCAUGAAAAACGUGAAGGAGAAGGAGAUUAAGCGGCAAACACUCCAGGAGCUAGUCGACUACAUUAAUUCCGGAACCGGGAAAUUUAACGAGGUGGUAUUCGAAGACAUUACGCGCAUGUUGGAGAUUAAUCUCUUCCGGCCGUUACCGCCAUCCGCGCACGCGAUUUCCGGGACGGAAGAGAAUCCGACUAUGGAAGCCGCGUGGCCGCACCUGCAAAUAGUCUACGAAUUCCUGCUUAGGUAUGUCGUCUCUAACGAGACCGACCAGAGGCUCCUAAAGCGUCUCAUCGACCAGCAGUUCAUCUUAAAGCUGCUGAACCUGUUCGACUCGGAGGACCCGCGCGAGCGGGACUAUUUGAAGAGCAUUUUACACCGCAUUUACUUCAAAAUCAUGGGUCACCGGCCGUUCAUCCGCAAGGCGAUUAACAACAUUUUCGACCAGUUUAUCGAGUCAGAGCGUCAUAAUGGCAUUGCGGAGUUGCUGGAGUUCAUCGGAAGCUUUGUCAAUGGGUUCGUGCUGCCUCUUAAACAGGAGCAUACGCAAUCCCUGGAGCGAGUGCUGGUUCCUCUGCACAAGCCUAAGUGCGUGGCGAUGUAUCACCAGCAGCUGUCGUACUGCAUCACUCAGUUUGUGGAAAAAGACCCGAAGCUCGCAGAUUUGGUGCUGCGCGGGUUGCUUAAGUUCUGGCCCUUAUCUAACAGCCAGAAUGAGCUGCUUUUCCUGGAGGAGUUGGAGGAGAUUUUGAACCUUACCCAGGUGCCCGAGUUUCAGAUGGUCAUGACGCCGCUGUUCCAGCAGAUCGCGUGCUGCCUCAGCUCCUCGCACUCUGAGGUGGCGGUGCGAGCGCUGUUCCUGGGGAACAACGACUACAUCGUGACGCUGGUGGCUCAGAAUCGCGCCACCAUCCUGCCGCUCAUCUUCCCCGCCCUCGAGCGCAACGCCAGAAGCCAUCAGAACGAGGCAGUGAGAGGGCUGAGCAUGAACGUGUGCAACAAGUAUUUCGAGAUGGACCAGGCGCUCGGCGACCGCUGCCGCCGCCAGUUCCUCCAAGAAGCAUCUACAGCAGCGGCUGCAGAAGCAGCAGCACCACCACCAUCAGCUGCAGCAGAGGGGGCGGCAGCAGCUGUUGCAGCGGCCGCAGCAGCAGCAGCACGACCAUCAGCAUCAGCAGCAGCAGAAGGGCCAGCAGCAGCAGGAAGGGGACAGCGUGGUGGUGUUGUGGUGGAGAUGGAAGUAGCACAGCCAUAUGUGUGUCGAGAAUACUCCCUGGCAGAGCUGGUCACGGCCACAGGAGGGUGGGCAGAGGGCAACAGGAUAGGAAGUGGCGCCUUUGGGGAUGUCUACAAGGGGGUGUCUCUCCAUGAUUGCAAUCAAGCUUGGGCAGUCAAGCGAGCUCGAGUGCUCACAAACGACUUCCAAAGAGAG